AUGCUGCUGCUAUUCCCAUUGCUCUUGCUGCCUUUGCUAACCUCAACGGAGACCACGCAGGCUACCGUGAUGCAACAGCGUUGGAUACCUCAGCUGCAAAAUUGGAGAAGUCCCGUCGAUCGGUUCACUGAUGGGAUUCUGAACGCUGUUGACACUGUCCUGCCUGUCACGCGAGACUCCUUCGAAGGUACACGAAUUCGCAGGAAAAAGAAGAGGCAUAAGUUGAACAAAUACAUCAUCCCCCUGAUCGUAGGAUUCAUGUUGAUCAAGUCGAUCCUGUUGCCCAUCGCGUUGAAGACUUUGGCGAUUUUGAGCGGCAAGGCGGUGGUCCUGAGUCUGAUGAGCUUGAUCCUGGCGGCCAUUGUAGGAUUGAAGAAGGUCGCUCAGAGUCACGCAUCGGGCUACGAAGUCGUGAACGUGAAUAAAUACAAGAGGCACGACAUGUUCGACACUGGAGACGACAUGAUGGACAGCGAGCCUUAUAAAUUUUACAGGGAACGGCGCAGGAGAAAGUAA